CCGCGGGGAGGAUGGGCCGAACCGGGCGGAGCGGAGCGGGGCUUUGCGCGGGGUCCCGGGGGAGACGGGGUGUGUGCGGACACCGGGCAGCUCCCCCUCGUCAGCUGCGAUGAGCCACGGUCCCACCAGCCCGUCCUCCCCACCCCGGGGGGGGAGCCCUGUCCGGCAGCCCCUCAGCCCCGGGAGCGGGGGUUUGGACAUGCUGCGCUGCCCCUCCUGCCUCCUCCUCCUCUGGGAGCCGGUGACCGUGUCCUGCGGUCACUCCUUCUGCAAGCCGUGCCUCGGGGGGGCCGUGCCCUCCCGCUGCCCCCUCUGCCACGAGAGGCUGAAGCUGUUGGGCGUCGGGGCGGCGAGGUGCAACGUGGUGCUCUGUGGCCUCCUGGAGAAAAGCGUGGAGCGGGAGGGCCGGCUGGCCUGGCUGGCAGCACGCAUCCGGGACCAUCUCACCCGUGGGGACGCGCGGGAAGCGCUCAGGCUGGCUCAGAAAGGGGUCGAGCUGGCCCCAGAUGCCAGCUCCCUGCGGCUGUGCCGGGCAGAGGCGUUUGCAGCGCUGGGACAGCACUUGUGGGCGCUGGAAGACCUGGAAACUGUGUGCAAGGCUGAGCCUGGAGAGCACGAGGGCUUCUUCAGGAAAGGGAAGGUGCUUCUGGAGAUGGGACAGAAAGCUGAAGCCUUGCUGGCAUGGGAACACUGCCUGACACUCAGUCCCCAUUUCUACCCUGCUCGGAGAGAGAUAGAGAAGAUCCUCAUGCAAGAGGAUGCUCCUCAGCCACACAUGGCCACUGCACGCUCAGGUAAUGCUCACCAAAGCUCAGAUGGUCCCCAGGUCAAUGGAGGGAGCCCUGUGCUCCCACCAUCUUCCACACAAGCUCAGGAUCAGGAGGGAGAGCUGGUGGAUGGCAGAGAAGAUGCUGAGUCUGAUCAUGUCCAGGGAGCUGCCACUCUUUCCCAGCCGGGACAAUGGCAGGAGCCAGAGACUUACACAGAGAGGCAGGGCCGGUUGGUAGAUAACAAAGAAGAAACAGCAGCAGCAAACUCUACCCAGCCGUGCCUCAGGGAGCUGCUAAGCAUAUCUGACUUCGAGUGCUCCCUCUGCAUACGGAUGUUCUUUGAACCAGUGACGACGCCGUGCGGGCACACCUUCUGCAAGGAGUGCCUUGAACGCUGCCUGGACCACCGGCCCAACUGCCCCCUCUGCAAACAGAGCCUGAGAGAGUACCUGAAGGCUGGAAGCUACAGCCCCACCGUGCUGCUGCAGGACAUCAUGCUGGCCACCUUCCCUGCACAGCUGGCUGAGCGCCGGGAGCUGCACCAGGCUGAGAUGGCAGAGCUCUCCAACCUGACCAAGAACAUCCCCAUCUUCGUCUGCACGAUGUCCUUCCCAGGCAUCGCCUGCCCUCUGCACGUCUUCGAGCCUCGCUACCGCCUCAUGAUCCGGCGGUGCCAGGAGACUGGCACGAGGAGGUUCGGCAUGUGUAUAUAUGAGAAUGGGAAAAGUUUUGCUGACUACGGCUGCAUGCUGGAGAUACGGCAGAUCGAGCUGCUGGCGGACGGGAGGUCCUUGGUGGACACCAUCGGCAGGCGGCGGUUCCGCGUGCUGAGCCGCGGGCACAGGGACGGCUACAACACUGCAGACAUCGAGUACCUGGAGGACAAGAAGGUGGCUGGGGAGGAGCUGCAGGAGCUGCAGUGCCUGCAUGAAAACACCUACCGCUUGGCUCAGCGGUUCUGUGAGCACGGAGACCUUGCCUCCAGGCACAUUCUGAUGCAUCAAGGACCGCUGCCGGAGAAGGAAGAGGACAUCCAGGCUUCGGCAGAUGGCCCGACAUGGUGCUGGUGGCUCAUCUCCAUCCUGCCUCUUGACCCGUCCUACCAACUGAACCUCUUCUCCACCACCUCCCUGCGUGCCCGCCUCAUGCAGCUGCAGCGCAUCCUCGCUGCCCUGCUGCAGCAACCCCCCGCCAGGCACCCGCUGCCCGAGCACAGCCCCCGGGGCCGCGUCUGAGACCCCCAGCCCCCUCCCUCUCUGCAGGGGAGACCUCCACCCCCUUGAGUUUCUCUAUGUGCUGCUUCAUGGUUUUGUGUAUAGUUUGAGCCCCCCCCGCCCCCAAUCAGCCUUGGAGAUGAGCUGAGCACCCUCUGCCCGGCUCAGCGGGGUUGAUGCCACACUAGCAGCACCACUACACCGUCCAUGCCACCUCUGGCAGUUGCUUGGUGACACGGCUGUACUGUGCUAUCAGAGAGGGGACCACGAUGGAAAGCUGGGUUGUGUCUUGGGAACCAAAGUCACCUGCCGAGCUCCUUCAGCGCUAAGGAGAAUUCUCCUUAGGGCAGAGGACCAAGUGCCAGGAUCACCUCUUCCUCUUUGAAGGACAAUGUAGGGUUUUUAGUAGAUAGUCCUGCUCUGUGCAGCAGAUUUUCAGGCUUGGGAGAAGUGGCACUGGGAGGUAAAGAAGUUCCAACGGCUUCCCCCAGCCUCAGGAGCUGAAGGCUCUGCCUCUGCUUACGAGUUUGACUUAAUUUCUAUUCAAACAAGAAGAAAGGUUAAAUUAAACAAUACAAAACCCACAGAGCAGCUCAUAACCAUCUCCAUGGCCACACAGUGAGGAGAUGCUGCUCCUCUGAAUGUGCCCAGGUCAGGCUGUCCCCUUCCCAUCACUCUGCUCAGUGUUCUGCUGUGUUUACUGCGCUAAGCUUGCCUGCCGCUUCCCCAGCUGGCGGCUCCACUGCCAUGAAGUGCUGUGGAAAGGGCAGGAUUUGGCAGCCUUCGUGCUUUUUCCCCCACCCAAAGGCUGCUGUUCCCAAGCCUGGCUGGGUUUAGGUUGUGGGAUCAGACCUGUGGGCUGGAGGGAGCCAAUGGCACAAGGGAGUCAAGCCUGGAAGGGGCUUUGUGAGACUUGAAUAGUGCAAUUUUCCUAUGUUCAGUGUUUAUUCUGAACUUUCUGCCUCCUCAGGAGAAAAUCAGGGUCUGAGUAGGGGCCAGAUCCUUGCAUGUGGGACCCAGAACUGUUCAGGAUUCCCCGAAACAGCACAGAGUGAUGUCAAAGGGAGUUGAACCUCUGGAGAGCCAGGGAGGGGGCAGGACCAGUGACUGAGGCUGUGAGCCCCAUGACAGGGAAGCAAGUGCCUGUCUGCAAGUGUCCGGCUACUGCUUGUCUCUAAACACAGAGAAAAGAGUAUCCUCCUGGACAGCCCAGGCUUUCCGUCAUGGAAAUCCUGAAGGUUUGGGAUCAUCCAUAAUUUCAGUGGCUUUGGGUUGAAUUUUAGGAGUGAUACUCACUUAGUGAGUUCCUGGAUUAGCAUUGCUUCCAGAAUUUUAUCUCUGCUUUUCCCAAAGGCUCCACAUCCCAUCUGGGGGCUCAGGGGGCUGUUGGAUAUAUGGGUGGGAGAGAAAAUCAGGUUGGGGCUACAGUACUCUUUGCUGCACGUAUUGCUGGGCUGAGCCUGGGUCAGGAGGCUCUGGAUACAGCUCUGGAGGGGUCCCUGCCCAGGGCCACUGCUUUUUCCCAUCCUUCUCUCUCCAGGAGUGAGAGGUCUCGGUCCCUCCUCUCCAGCAAAGUGCCUCCCCAGAGUGACAGUUGGCAGGAGCCAAGGGCUUGCUCCCCAGGGACCACAGUGAGCACAGGGCAGCUGAGGACAACUCAAAGCUGGAUUUGCUCCUCUACCUUUGAGCUAUGUCCUCCCCCACUUUGCUGCUCGCUCUGGGGCACCGUGACUUCCCCAAGGGAUUAUAUCCCCAGGGUGUUGGAUUGGGGUGGGCAGAGAUAGGCGAUGGAGGGAAACCUCACAGUGCUGGUGAGGGUGCAUGCAGGUGGCAGGAUGCCACUGAAGUUUGGGAAGUGCCUUUCUUUUCCACGGGGUCAAUGUGAGCUCACCCAGUGGACCCCCCCACUCGGAGCUGUGCACCUAACUCCCAGGUUGGCUGUUCUCCAGGUCUGGGAGCUCCCCGGGCUGCUGCGGGUCCCUGCAGCAAGCAGGAGGCAUGGGGGGAUGCAGGGGAGAAGCGUGGGUCUGCACCAUGUCCAUGCUGCAGGAGAGACGGGGACCAGAGCCACAUCUGCCUGGUUGCUUUGGGAAGGGACUUGUGCAAGUCAUUCCAGUUUGCUUGGAGUGCCUUUGGGGUUUGUAUUAGUAUCUUCACUCUUUGAAUUAAAUUUUCUUCCUGGUCAUUGAAAUAAAGACCUUUUUCAUUAUU